CUCUGAUACGCUUUUUUAUUGUCCAAUCUAUAAUCUUUACUUCACAAUAAAAUAUUUUAGAGGGCUAUGCUACUCGGUACGUAAUUAUGCAUAACCUACACCCGAUACAUACGUCACUCGUACGCUUGUAGUUGGUAUUCGAAUAGUGGCACAAUAACACACAUACAUACCCAUAGACACACAUAGACGAGAGAGAAACAAUGAGUCAAACUGAACGCGACAACUUGCUCACAACUGAGGACGCUGAUGUUGACUGUCCUGAUGGCGCCUGAGGCUUCACACCUGGCCAGCGCUCCAGUAACACUACUUACGGAGCUGUUGCACCUACCUCUAGUGACGGUGGGUCUGGCCAGGUGGGCAUUGAGGAUGAAGAAGAAGACCCGGCGGGAGUGUGGUCAGCAGUCUUUGCUAUUGCAGUAUCUUUGCCCGCGUUAGUGGGUUCCUGAUGCUGGCCCUUGCUCUUAGCGGGAAUCUUAGGUUUCGCAGCCUCUGAAACCGCUAAGGCAUUCUCCCAUACUGUCAGCUGGGGUGUAACGCUGACCAUCAUGUCUAAUAUCUCACAAUACGUCUGGUGGAAGUGCGCCAAUCAAAGAAAGGGCACUCAUAUGAAUCGGUUCGGUCCGUUCUAUCUCACACUGAUGGCUGUGCCGCUGGUGAUGGCUGACCUCACUCGACACAUCCUACAAGAUUCGGGCUACUGGCCGUCCCCCGGCAGUAGCAUGUACAGAUCCGGCUGUACGUCACAUUGGCAUAUCUUAUGUCUGUCCAAGGUCGGGUUCUGGUUCACAAUAGUAUUCACGUACAGCGGGUUUGCCUUGCUGGUGGUGGGUACUGUAUGGGCCUCGAAUGUUGUACCCAAGAUCCGAAAAGCUUGGAGACGCAUCCGGCGCAAUAGAAAUAACUCCUCGGCAUAAGCUUACUACUGCGGCCGGCCACAACACGCGAAACACGGAUGUACUGUUGUGUACACGACGACGACGCGGAAUCCUACGUUGUAUUAUUUCGCUUUGAAUCCAUAUUGACUGCUACGCUGGUAGUGGUCAAAGGGCUUUCAAGGCUGAAAUUAUAUGGUGUUAGUAUUUAUUUUAUCUAAAAUACCCUAGAAUUUAUCGAAUACAAAGCGGUAUCUUCUCUUUUGAUGCAAGCUUUUUCGCCGUUCCUUCAUUAUCCACACUAUGAGAACUACGCACAGCAAAUACGCAGGUGGAUAUCAUCGGCACUGUGCUAGUUUGACAAUUUGAGCAAUAAUGUCAUCAUGUAUGUAUGUGAUGAUGCUCGGUCUAGUAUGCGACGGACUUCGCAGUGGUUUAAUAGAGAAGGCGAAAACUUUGAAUCAUUUGAGGAUUGCAAUGGUAUUAAAAUAAAGGAAUGAUUAUACGAAGGCUGA